AUGUACAUCCGGUCGACUCUCCUCCCCAUCCUGGGCCUCUCGGCCACCGGCAUGGCCGCCUACGUCCUCGAAGACGACUACGGCACCUCGACCUCCUUCUUCGACAAAUUCUCCUUCUUCACUGACCCCGAUCCAACCGGCGGCUUCGUCUCGUACGUCGACCGCAACACCGCGCAGAAAGCCGGCCUGAUUUCUGCCAACGGCGCCGUCUACAUGGGCGUGGACCAUACCAACGUCGCCGGCAGCAGCGGCCGGCAGAGCGUCCGCCUCACCAGCACAAAGAGCUACACGCACGGCCUCGUCAUCUUGGAUCUGGCGCACAUGCCAGGCGGUAUCUGCGGCACCUGGCCUGCCUUCUGGCUGCUCGGCCCCGACUGGCCCUCUCACGGCGAAAUCGACAUUAUCGAGGGCGUCAACACCCAGUCCACCAACCAGAUGACCCUCCACUCCACGGACGGCUGCUCCAUCGCCAACGGCGGCUUCACCGGCACCCUGCUCACCAGCAACUGCUACGACUAUGCCCCCGGCCAAGAAACCAACGCAGGCUGCAGCAUCGCCGCCACCUCAAGCCUGACCUACGGGACGGGGUUCAACAACGCCGGCGGCGGCAUCUACGCAACAGAGUGGACCUCCGCAGGUAUCAGCAUCUGGUUCUUCCCUCGCGGAUCUACCCCCCUGGAUAUCCGAGCCGGCACACCCGACCCGACAAACUGGGGAACGCCGCUCGCCAAGUUUGCCCCGGGAAGCUGCGACUUUGAUGCGCAUUUUAGCGAGAUGCAGCUUGUCUUCGAUACGACGUUCUGCGGCGGCUGGGCAGGCGCUGUCUGGGGCUCCGGCAGCUGUGCGUCCGUGGAGUCCUCGUGCCAGGAUUUCGUCGCGAAUAACCCCUCUGUGUUCCAGGAGGCGUACUGGCUCAUUAAUUCGCUCAAGGUGUAUCAGGAUGCACCUGGGCGAGUAAGACGAGGAUGA